AUGAAGGGAUUCAGGAGCUUAGGCCCCUUAGGGGUGCUGUCUCUGAUGAGCGGCAUCGCCCUCGGCGCGGUGACCAACUCGUCUUCCCAUGGAAAUUCUGUAUCCCUCGAUUUGACCCCCCUCUUCAACAACAAAGGCUUCGGCACCCGACCCGGCGAGGCGUCCUUCGACGCGCUCAACCAAUCGUUCCCCGCGCCGGUGGCCGUCGGCCCCGAGUUCGCCUCGCCCGACACGGGGAUCCGGUACGCGUUCCCCGGGUACACCGGCCCCGCGAAACCCGACAACGUCAUCUGCGCCGGCCAGACCCUCGCCGUGCCCCCGGAGGACGGCGGCAGCUACUUCUCGGCCUCGUUCCUCGUCGCCGGGGACGUCGAGGGCGCGACGGUCAGCGGCAACGUGUCCUUCGCCUUCGCCGACAACACCACCGCCCAGUACGAGCUGCGCACGCUCAACUGGUUCAGCUUCCUGACCAUCAACCGCGGCGAGAUCGUCUUCCCGAGCCGGUUCACGGCCGACGGCUCCGACUUCAACACGUCGCACAUCUUCGAGCGCACCACGGCGCUGCCGGCGGGCAAGAGGCUGCGCUCCAUUACGCUGCCGGUGAAGAACAACGCGACCGAGGGCCGCCUCCACGUCUUCGCCGUCUCGCUGUGGCGCCAGGCUCCGGACGUCGGCGUGCAGUCCGUCCGGCCGACGCAGAAGUGGCUCGGCAACGAGACGCAGGUCGUCGAGGUCACGGUCAACAACGCCGGGUCGAAGUGCGUCACGGGCGACGGUCUCAACGUGACCGUCUCCGGAGCCGGUUUCCGUACCGUUAGCCCGGGAUAUCUGAGACGUCUCUGCCCCGGUGAUCAGAAAGUCGUCGUCGUCGGCGUCGAGGGAGCAUCUGAUGGCCCCGUGAGCGUCACCGUGGGCAUCGACGACGGCGCCACGCGCAAGACGGUCCCGGUCGACGGCGUGGAAAUCGGCCUGACGGAGUGGACGGCGGACGCCGGCAGCCUCUCCAAGCACGAGAGCCCGGAGUGGUUCGACGACGCCAAGUACGGCAUCUUCAUCCACUGGGGCCCGUACUCCGUCACGGGCUGGGGCAACUCGACGCCCUACGAGAGCUACGCCGAGUGGUACUGGUGGUACUCGACCCACCACCCGGAAGGCGACCGCUCCAACUUCUACGGGCACCGGCUCGAGACGUACGGCCCGGAGUGGGCGUACGACGACACGUUCCCGGACUUCAACGCCUCGAAGUUCGACCCCAAGGAGUGGGUUGACCUGUUCGCCGACGCCGGCGCCAAGUACUUCGUCAUCACGACCAAGCACCACGACGGCUUCGCCCUCUUCGACGCCGGAGCGACGUCGAACCGCUCCGCCGUCCACUACGGCCCCAAGCGGGACCUGCUCCGGGAGCUCUUCGACGCCGCUGCGACGCACCAGCCCUCGCUGAAGCGCGGCACGUACUUCUCGCUGCCCGAGUGGUUCAACCCGGACUUCGGCCCGUACGGCUUCGUGCAGUUCCCGACGCCGUCGGCCGUCUCGUGGCCGGGCACGCUAGCGCCGAACCCGUACACGGGCGAGCCCGAGCCGUACACGGGCCACGUGCCCGUCGACGACUUCGUGGCGGACCUCAUGGUGCCGCAGAUGGAGGCGCUCGCGUACGACUACGGCACGGACAUCAUGUGGUGCGACUGCGGGGCGGCCAACGGCACGGCCGGGUUCGCGGCGGCGUGGUGGAACCGUGCCAGGGCCGAGGGCCGGCAGGUGGCCAUCAACUCGCGGUGCGGCAUCCCGGAGGCGGCUGACUUCGACACGCCCGAGUACCAGACGUUCGCGUCGGCGCAGCGGCGCAAGUGGGAGAGCAACCGCGGCAUGGACCCGUACAGCUACGGCUACAACCGCGCCACGCGGCCGGAGGAGUACAUGAACGCCUCGACCGUCGUCUACUCGCUCGUCGACAUGGUGUCCAAGAACGGCAACUUCCUGCUCGACAUCGGGCCGCGCGCCGACGGCACCAUCGUCCAGGCCGAGGCCGACAACCUGCGCGAGGCGGGCCGGUGGAUCAAGGCGCACGGCGAGGCCGUCUUCGGCACGACGUACUGGUUCGUGCAGAGCGAGAUCGUCGGCGGGCCGGACGUGCGGUUCACGCAGACGGACGAGGCGUUUUACGCCGUGUUCCUGGAGAAGCCGAGCGUCGUCGACGGCCGCGUCUCGAUCCGGGCGCCGGUCCCCGUUGUGGAGGGCGAUGUCGUCAGUCUUGUGGGCGUCGAUGGGGGCGAACAGCUCGAGUGGGAGUAUAUUGGGUCUGGGCUGGAGGAUGGGUUCAGGAUCAAGAUCGACGAGGCUAUGAUCGAGGAGGACCAGUUCGGCUGGGUGUUCAAGGUUAUGUACGCAGCUUAG